CAGGAAAGGCAGCCACUCUAAGCUGUGCCUGACUGAGCAGAGGGAUCUUCCUGCUAUCAUCACUGGUGUGUUACCAUGGUGCAUAUUGGAUACUUUGGUGAAAUUCUCCCUAGCUUCAGAUUUGUGAAUUGCCAGUCCCAUCAUAGCUGAGCACCUAAAGCUUUCUGCAGAGUCCGUGGAGACAGGGAAUGAGCACCAUGUAAUCAUACAGCUAUAAACUUCCAGCUGCAGAACACUGGCAGGAUUCUAUAGGCAACAAGGUUGGGAAAACUCUGCUUUAAACUUCUAAAUGACUCAACAUUUGUUCCUUCUGAUGACACCACGAAUCUGGGAAUGAAGAACCUUUUAGAGCUGAUUGGAAAUGGCAUCGCGAAGCUAAAACUUAGCUGGAUGAAAUAUAUCUCCUGAAGAAGAAAAUAUAAUGCACUAUAAGGAUCUGUCUUCUGGUGAAAAAUUCAAGCCUAGAGAAAACUUGUCCACUUUGUUAGGAAGAAUGGGUUGGACAAUUUUCUUCAAUUCCAAAGGAUAUCUGAAUGCCAUGCUGAGCUUAAUCUCUGCAGCAUGCUCUGUGCUUCUCAUCUCUUCCUGAUGCACUGCAUGGUUAUCCUGAAGGGGAGGAUAAAGAAACUGGCCAGCAAGAUGGUAAUCACUAGUGGAAAUGAAGAAGAUAAAGGCAAUCAAGAAAAGGAAAGUAAAGAAGAAACCAUCUUGGCAAUGCUUGGAAUUAUUGGGACAAUUCUGAACCUCAUUGUGAUAAUUUUUGUGUACAUUUACACAACGCUGUAAACUAGAAGGCAAAUAGACCAGAUAAAAUGGCCAUAAAAAGUGAUGACAAACGUUGCUGACUAUUGACAAGUUGUUUAAUCAGAAUUGACUCUGUAUUAUAUUAACACAUCAUAAAAGCACUGCCCGCAGGCAGUGAAGGCUGAAGCACAAUUAAUUGAACAAGACUUUUUCACACAGUAACAAGCUUAACUCUUCUGUCCUGACCUCUUCCUUUUGGUUUGGUUUUCAGUUUGGGGGAAAAUGACUGCAGUUAUGUAAGCUGUGACUUUGAAGAAACCCACCAGGGACAUGCUGUUUUAACACACACACAAAAAAAGGCAAAGAAAAGAAAGGAAAAAAAAAGGGGUAGAAAAAGAAAGAAACUCUACACUCCAUACAAUUAAAAAUGUAUUCUGUAUACUCGCAAAGACUGAACUCAAAGAUAGCUUCAUAGCACAGAUCACGUGUCUGUUAGAUGGAAUGGGUUUUUCCCCUUGGUUUUUGCUUUUACUUACAUUGAAUGUGACAAGCUUUUUAUUUAGAAUGAACAUAUGGUGCAAUCUUGAAAAAAAAAAUUAUUCCAUUGAACAAGGUCUGCCUAAACCUGAUAAAAUGUUGGGAGAAAUACAUUACAUGGUUAUAUUUCCUUUCUCGUUGGCUCAACAUCUGUGUCUGUUCAUACCAAUGUUUAUAAAUAUAUAUUUUUAAUAAAUGUGCUAUAUUUUUAGCAUGAACCAAAUAUUUGGAGACACUUGUAUUCAUGCAGCUAAAUUUUGUUUGAUGAAGUGCCCUUUUUGACAAUGGAUGUUAUUUUUCUUAGCAAUUAUACAGCAGUCUUGUCUGCAGCCCUCUCACUGUGGUCUGAAGCAAGCUUACAUCAUGCUCAUAUGCAUGACUUGAAGUUGGAAUGUCAGCUGAAAAGCACUGCUGCUUAAUAUGGGAAAUCGCAAAAGAUUGUAAGGUGACCUUUGGAGACUGGUUGCAGAAAGAAGGCUCUAUUUAUAGUUGGUGGCUUGGUGUUUGUUUCUUCUUUUUCUUUUUUUUAAAGGCAAAUGAAAGGAAUAUUGAGGCAUCUCACACAAUGCUACACUCUGAGUACCUAUAUUUAGAGAAGUGAUAGAGGUUUAUGUGGCUGAGAAAUUUAAAGAGUGUGUAGUGAGAGGCUUAAGUGAAAUCCAGACUGUAAAUAUGGAAUAUAUUUUACAUGUGAGGACCAUUAACCCUUUGAGCUUCUCUGAUGUGCUUUAACUGAGGUUGGUGUAAUGAAAUUCUCUGACUUGUGUUUUUGACAGGAAUGUACAAUGAUGAUGAUGAUCACCGUUUUACUCCAGAGUUCGGUACCUAUGAAUAUAUGAAGCAUUAAAAAUAUGAGACCUCAA